AUGCAGAAGUCCUUCAUAGAGCGCAUAUUCCCACACCCCUCCACCAAGAGCCACCAGCACUUCGCCGAUGAUGACCUGGAACGACCUGGCUCGUCACGGUCGCCGCGCCCGAUCGUGCUGCAAGACUCCGUUGCGCCCUCCUCUCGCAGCCGCAGCCGCAGCCGCAGAGGCUCUUCGUCGGCGUCGGCGUCGGCGUCGGCGUCGGCCUCCCACUACCAUGUCCCUUCGCAGGCGUUGAGUUCAGCGUCCCUCGUACGACACAACGACCCGUUUCUCCCGGUGGAAAGAGCAGCUCGAAACCUUGAGCGGACGCUCCAAGACCUGCUCGAUGUGCAGUCCGACGGGCUUGCGGCCGGGUUCGGUGCAGGAUCAGGGCACGAGUCGUCGUCGGUGGGCAGUCCUACGCCGACGCCAUCCGUUGUCACGUCCUCUGGGCCCCAUACGUCGAGACCGAGAACGAUGCCCAUCAGGCAGCCCAAAAAGAAGCGACUGACGCUGAGGGACGCUCGGCGUGGGCUCUCGCGGUCGCUGGCCGAGUUUACGGCGCUGAAGGACCACGAAUUAAAGAUCAUAGACGGCGAAGUGCUGGCGAGGAACGACGCUCUCAGAGAGGCCUCGGACCUGGAGAGUCGGAGACAGCUACUCGAUGCCCAGGUUCGGAAAAUCCAGAACCAAGCCGUGGCGGUCGACCUGCGCAGAGAAGCACACCAGGUCGAGCAGGAGAUUACGGAGUUGGAGACAAGGUUGCUCGAGCUCAGAAAUCGGCACAGGCAUCUUCUGGACCAAGUCCGCGAGCACGAGAGCUCUCAGGACUCGGAGCUGAGUUCGUACACGGAAGCUUUGAAAUUGAACGAGAACAGCAUCAGGCACUUUCUCCGCCUGCCUCCCGUGGCGCAGGGCAUCGGAGCGGGCGGCGUGCAGGGCAUGUACGCUUUCAAGCCUGAACGGCGGACUCUGCAGAUGGCGCAGGACCAAUGGACGAACGAUUUGGAUUUGUUGAGCGCGAGAAAAGCCGACGUUGCGAGGGAAAGGCAAGCGCUGGACGAGGGUGGGAAAUUGUGGCAUGAAGUUUCACAUCGCAUUAGAGAGUUCGAAAAGGAUGUCAGAGACAGGACGAAAGGUCUGACGCGGUCUCGGGCUGCGUUGGAUGCUGUGGAAGGUGACGGCGGAUCGACGACUGUGCCAGUCGAUGACGAUACCGGAAUUAGCCCAAUUGUGGAAAACAUGUAUAAUCUACUCGACUUUCUACAGGAUGCGUUGGCCAAGGCUGAGAUUCAGGGCUGGAAACUGUUGAUAUGUGCCAUCGGCGCGGAGGUCGCGGCGUUCCGAGAGGCGCGAGAUGCUCUAGACCCCUACGUGAGCUCGACUCGUAACGGCGAUCUGGACCGCGGGAUGACGGGUCCCCCGAAGGGAUUCGAAGAGGAGGAUGGAGAACACCAGGACGAGCCGCGUCGUGAUCUGUUGGGUGGUGACGUGGAUGCGCACCCGAACGGCCGUGCAAACGCCUCGGAUCUCGAGGCGCGAGACAGGACGCAAAGUCCAAGCGAGGAGAGCAACCACAGCCUUGAAGCCACGCUGCGUCACUUCGGAAACGGCUUGGACAGCAAGAAAGAGGGAGCAGACGGAGGGCACCAGGUUCUGCAUACUGACAAUGAAGGUGCCGUGUCUGGGGACGAUGUCGUGCCUGGAGGAGGAGGAGGCGAUGCAGCUGACAAUGGCGGUGACAGUGGCAAAGCUUCUUCAGAGUCUAGAUUGCAGGCCGAUGCAAAGGUGCUUUUGCGAGGCCAUACGUCUGAAAGCGAAGAUGACGAGCCAGGCCCGGAGUUUCUGCUCUCGCACUCCUGA